CGGCCGGCGAGCACCUGGUACCGCGUGCGGGCGCGAGGCGGCACGGGGCCAUGGGGGACCGCUCGCAGGGCAAGAAGACGUCGCAGUGCGCGGGCUGCGGCGGCGCCAUCCACGACCAGUACAUCCUGCGCGUGUCACCCGACCUCGAGUGGCACGCCGCCUGCCUGCGCUGCGCAGAGUGCAACCAGUUCCUCGAUGAGACGUGCACGUGCUUCGUGCGUGAUAGCAAGACGUACUGCAAGAGCGACUACGUCAGGCUGUUCGGGACCAAGUGCGAAAAGUGCGGCGACGGCUUCCGGAAAACGGACUUUGUGAUGCGCGCCAAGGACAAAAUAUACCACAUAGACUGUUUUCGUUGCGCUCUGUGCGACCGCCAGCUCGUUCCCGGCGACGAGUUCGCGCUAACGGACGAGGGACUCUUCUGCAAGGACGACCACCAGUCGGAGAAACUGUGCGAGAACAACAACAAUAACACCAAGUUGUCUGCGCUGGAGCCCAAACAGGAGGCGACCACGCCGAAGUCGUCAGUGCCAUCCCCCUCCGCUGACAGCACGGACGUGCCCAGCUCCGGCAAACGGGAACGCAAAACGGGCGACAGCAAGACGACGCGUGUGCGGACCGUGCUGAACGAGAAGCAGCUCCACACGCUGCGCACGUGCUACAACGCCAACCCGCGGCCCGACGCCCUGAUGAAGGAGCAGCUGGUGGAGAUGACCGGGCUGAGCCCGCGGGUCAUCCGAGUCUGGUUCCAGAAUAAGCGCUGCAAGGACAAGAAGCGCGAGAUUUACCUCAAGCAGAUGCAGGAGCAAGGCAAGGGCGGCGGCCGGUUCGGAGCCAUCGGCCAGCUGCAGGCGAUUCCGCUGGUGGCCAGCUCCCCCGUCCGCCACGGCAGCCCACUACCAGGCCAGCUGGUGGACGUGCAAGCCUACCAGCCGCCCUGGAAGGCACUCACCGAGUUCGCGCUCAACACCGACUUGGACCGGCUCGACCCCAACAACCCCGCCUUCCAGCAGCUGGCUAGCCAGAUGCACGGGUUCUGUCUGGACGGCGCCGGCCCGCCGCCCGGCCACCCGGCCUUUUCGGAGGCCGAGGUGCGGUACGCCACGCCCGACGACCUGAUGGUCGACUGUCCCGAGCAGCAGAGCGACCUCUCCAGCCACAGCGACUGACCCUGCGGUCAGCGGUGACGGGCGCCCGGCCGGCCGCGGCGCC